UCUUGUGUAUUUUCCUCCCCUCAUUCUCCUCCUCGUCCUUGGCUCGGUAGUAUUCUAUUUUUCAUUUUCGUUGCAAUGCUCGCAUUAAUUUUUUUUCAUAGGAAUUGCCAUUUAGGUUUACUCAAUGAGUUACUUGGGCUAGGGUUGUUGCCUUACCGAUUUGGCAAGACUUUCACCAGGAGCAUCCAUGGUAGAGGGAGGAGGGCAAUGGGUACCACCGAGGAUGGGAGUGGGAGCAGUGGAGAAACCACACCUAUUAGAAAAAGUCGGUGAAGUAGCUUGGAGAGGGCGGCAUGGUGGAUCAUAGCUUUUGUCGAUUUCAGCUUGAGUAUGAUACGUUGGAGUACGUUGAGAUUGAGCGCAUGGCACAAGUUGGACAUGAGAAGCUUAAAGAUGAUGGCUUUAAUUUGCCAGACUGGCUCCAAUCUCUUAAUUCAUUUUGGGGACGCUUGUGUGCACUUUUUCUUUUUGGGUACAUUGUACUGGUGUGUUCAGUUUGUGAUACCCCCAUGAUACUUGCAAGUAUACAUCGCUUGUCAAUUUGCUCUACUAUAAAGCUUAGACACGGUUGCAAAGUUGAAGAUUGAAUGUCCUUCAUCCUGGAUAGUUUACGUUGUUGAAGUUGUUUCCUUCCUGCUGCACCUACCAUUAUGUGAUUCUGCACAAUGAUAAAAAUAAAUAAAAAAUUCUGUUAUUUUGCA